AACAUGGCUUCAAGAUUCGAGUUUAUAAUAUUUUCCAUGACACUAUCAUUUGCAGCCAUCUUUCACAUGGCCAUGGCAGGCGAUCCAGACAUCCUCUCGGAUUUUAUAGUUCCACUAGGUUCUCCUCCCGUCGUCGAUGGAAACCUCUUCACGUUUACGGGGAUGCGACAACUAGUUGGUGCCCCACCACCCGACAAAUUCAAGGUACUUAAGGCCAGCUUGGCCGAGUUUCCUAUCCUUAAUGGACAAAGUGUGUCCAUGGCUGUGUUGCAAUACCCGGGUGGCUCGGUCAAUCCUCCUCACACCCACCCACGUGCUUCCGAGCUCUUGUUCCUCCUCGAUGGGAGCCUCCAAGUAGGGAUAGUUGACACCACCAACAAGCUAUAUACUCAAACUCUACAAGAAGGUGACAUUUUUGUUUUCCCCAAGGGAUUAGUUCACUUCCAAUACAAUGUUGAUGCCAACAAACCGGCAUUCGCAGUAUCUGCAUUUGGAAGUGCAAAUGCUGGAACCGUGUCAAUCCCAAAUGCUGUUUUCAACACUAGCAUAUCUGAUGCGGUUUUGGCCACAUCUUUCAAGACUGAUGUUUCCACCAUUCAAAAACUCAAGGCGGGACUUGGUCACUAG